UAUUUUGGGUUGGUGAUAUUUUGCUCCAUUCUUGUACAUACUGUCUACUCUCUAGACAUAUUCAGAGUAUAGUCAUUUUCGGUCUCUUGGUAGCUAUCUUCCUGCAGCCCUGCUGUAAUUAUACAAGUGUAUGUCUCAUUACCCCUUUAUAUAACGAAAUUCUCUUCUAUUGUAAAGUCAUUAUCUCCAAACUUUGAGCUCUCUUUAGCUUAAUUAAGAUCUUCAAACCACAAAUCCUUUGAAUAUGGCUUCAUUAUCAUCAUCAUCUACUAACACCCGCCUCAGCCUACCGCCUUAUUGGUCCUCUGAAAUCAAUAACACCAGUAGCCUUCGCGAAGCUUCCUUUUCUUCUUACCUCAAUCCCAGUGAGGAAGCAUACAUCCGUAGCCUCGUUGAGUCCACACAAAACCAGCAUGAUCAUCAUCUGCAUAAGUCGAGGCAGAAGAAGAAGAAGAAGGCGGAGGAUGGAGAGAUCGAUGUUUUUACUGCUGAUAAGUACUUCAGCAGUGGUGUAAUAGAUCAGGAGAGUGAUAAAUUCUCAACAAGAUCAAUAAGUGGAAGGUUUCAACAACAACAACAACACAGACAUGAUGUUGAAGACCGUACUGAUGAUGAUCAACAGCAGGUUGUCAGGGUUAACUCGAACAAUAAGCUGAUAGUAGUUCAGUCUCGAGGUUCUAGCAGUCAGUCAGAGGUGAGUUCGAAUAGCCAGAGUGCACUGUUAAGACGGCGUUUGAAUAGGACUCCGUCUAGGACGACGAAUGAACGUAAAACAAAUCAGCAGCAGGGAAAGACAAUGUCAUUACUGGCCUGUUCUUGUUGUGUAGGGAAGUCUGUUGAUACUGAUCAAGAAUUCACUGAUCAUGGUAGCAGAGGCAGAGGCAGAGGCAGAGGCAGAGGCCGCAUCAGUGAUGGAACUCAGACGAGAUCGAUCAAGACAAGCCUUGACACAGCUGAAAUUGCAAGGAUGAACAAACUGCGGCUAGAUAACAAUGUUGACCCCUUUGUCUUUCCACUCUCAAAUUCUGCUAGCCUUACAGCAAUUAACAAGGUUCAGUUAGUAGAUGUCGAUGAAGAUGAUGCAAGGAAGUCACUAGAAGUGUUUGGCAGUGAUCUAGAUGAAGGAAGCAAAAGGUUCACCCUACAAAAGAGGCUGAAUAUGCUAUCAUGGGAUGCAAUCCCAAGAGGAACUACAGAAGAUCAGAUUAGCACCACCUCAGACGCGCCUAGUGAGACGUACAAGGACACAGAGAGCGAUGCUAGCUCCGACUUGUUUGAGAUCGAGUGCCUUUCAUGUACUUCCAACCCAUUCAAUCAGACACCAACUACAACUCGAUAUGCACCUAGCGAGGCUAGCAUUGAGUGGAGUGUUGUAACUGCCAGUGCUGCUGAUUUCUCAGUUGUUUCUGAUUCUGAGGAUUAUAGAUCGAGGAAAUUAGCAGCCUCAAAAUCUGCUAAACGGUCUAUGAAUAAGGAGGUUCAGAAACAGGGUUCUGGUGUUUUUUUAGGGUGUAAGAGUCAGAAAGCUGUGAAUGUGGCUAAGGAAGUUCAUCGAAAAAGUCCUGUUAGGGGGAAAUCUGAGAGUCAGAGAAUGAAUAGGCUGUCAGAUUCGUUUAAUCCAGUUACAAGGUUCCAAGCUGAGGCUAAGUUGCCUGGAUUUGGUUAUAGACAAAGACAUAGCUUUACUUCUGAUCUUUUGUACAUUCAAUAAUAGGGUCUUUUUAUUAUUAUUAUUAUUAUUAUUAUUAUUAUUAUUAUUAUUAUUAUUAUUAUUAUUAUUAUUAUUAUUAUUAUUAUUAUUGUUAUUGUACAAGCAUGUAGUACUGUAUUAUUUUUGUCAAUCAUGCAUUUUUCUAUUGUAAGUUUUUAUAACC